CCUCUCUCCACCUUGCAUGUGAAGAAAGAGUGCGGCAUUACGUCAGACGGCGCGGUGCAAGCGAGAGCGCGUCUUCGGAGCUAUUCGUAGGCACUGCUGCCAAACCGGGGGCAGCUCGCCACUUUACUGCGGCCAAUGCACAUUGACAAUUCAAGUCUUUUUUAUACGGCGUCACAAUGUGGUAAGUCAACCAUCCAUUCCUGCUGUUUUGACAGGUCUGCGAGAAGAAUUAACGCGCCAAAGUGGCACACGGUGUACAGCUUGUGAAAAUAAAGAGUAAAGGAACGAAAACACACAUCAUGAUGACACCAUGAAGCAGCAGCGCAGACGUUUGGCGCACGGAGCUUUCUGCAGCAUUUCUUGGUGUAUGGUUCUUUGCUGAUCUCAAAAACAACAUGCCUCACGCUCGAAAUAGGAACCCCAGCCCCAUCCCUGAGGUAACAUGGGACACGGGAUUGAAGGAGAUGAACGAGACGUGGAAAGGAGCGAUAGCGUGUCUCGGUGUGGCUGUCUUCUUUGUCAUGACCAUCGGGAUCAUAUACUGGCAAGUGGUGGACCAGCCCAACAAGAACUGGAUCCUCAAGGGGACUUUGAGUGGACUCAUCUGGGAGAGAAGGGCCCACUCGUUGGUCAUCCAGACCCUGACGGAGGACAAGACUUACGUGGAGAUAGACGUCGGGAACGUGGGCAACCCCGACCUAGAGGUCCCUUUCGUGAGGAACCUGUGCUGGCUCAACAAGACCGAGUUCUGCUACACGUGGGACUCGGUAGCCGAGAUUAAGAUCUCCCUGGACGUCAAUGAGGACACGGAGACCGAGUGCUACAGCAUGACCUGGACGCCGGUGCACUGCCAUGUGCAGCUCAAGGACUGCUUCUCCAUGACAAACAUAUCCUGGUACGGCGGCGCCAGCGUCCAUGGUCAGACGUGGCCCAUCAAUGAGCAAAACGCCACCAUGCAGCCCUUUGUUGUCAGUGAUCUCAAGGAGAAUCCCUCAGGCUUCGGCUCUGCUCUGGAGCGCUACUUCCUUGGCUCAUCAGGUGUUGCAGUGUUGGUGUCUCCCGACCUCCCUCUGCAGCUGGGGAUGGACAGCAGGCAGCAAUUCUGCCUGCAGUCACUUCCCAGUAUGGAGCUCCUCCCGCUGCAGUACACUGUUUGUGUGGCCAACAAUGUGAAGGCUGCUCACCAGGAAGCAGUGCAGCAGCUCUCCCAGCUCAAUAGGGAGAUACCCAACAUGAAUGCUGUGUGGCUGCCGUUCUGGAAGCUACUCAGCAAUGUGGAUUCGGGACAGAAGGUGGAGAGGGAAUUGAGGACCUUCUCUAAUCGUCUUAGAAGACACCAGUUAGGGGAGGGAAUUAUCAGCCUUAAUGAACAUUCCACCAACCUCCUCUCUGAAAUGGACCAUGACUACCUCAACAGUAGGAAGAGGGGGACGUCCAAGAGACUUACCAGGGACCUCCCACUUGUCAAGCUUCUUAACAUUUCCAUCACUCUGUCCCCUUUCCUGAGCGUGGACACCACGCAGUUCCAUACAUCCCUCAUGGAUGGCACUGAGGCCUUCUGGCUUAGUCUUCCCUCAGCCCCUCACGGUCAGCUGGUCCCUUUGAUGACUCAGUGGCAAGGGAAGUUCUGUGUAAUGCUGAACGUCACAAACCCAGGAGCGGUGAGCUGGUUCCUGGACAGAGUGGGGUCCCUGCAAGCACGUUUGGGAAUGGAGUACAUCCUGCUGGAAGGGGGUGAGAGAAAUUUGUUUGAGGAGCAAGCCCAGCGGCCACCUGAGGCUCUGGGUGGGGACACGUACAUCAGCCUGCUGGCCGACUUGGCCUCCAGGAUCGGAGACUCCACCAUCAUGUCAGCAGGGACAAGGUCCAGUCAUAAGCCAGUAUUUCUGAGGAUGACACCCCUUCAGUCUGACUGGGGCUUAACGGGCCUGAAGGGCAUCAUUCCCUCCCUGCUGCACCACACUCUGCUGGGAUACAACUUCCUCAUUCCUGAUGCAGUAGGUGGCUCUCUAUCUGGAGACAUGGUCACAGAUGAGGAGUUGUUCAUCCGUUGGCUUGAGAUUGUUUCGUUCCUCCCUGUCAUCAGCUUCCACACACCGCCAUGGGUCUGCGGAGAGGACCGGGUGCUAAACUUAACUCGGAUAUACAUAACAAAGCAUCAGAGGGAUGUGGUACCACUCAUAGAGAAGUAUGCGGAGGAGUGGCAGGAGACAGGAAGCCCCAUCUACCGGCCCAUGUGGUGGCUCAGUCCCGACGACCCCACGACCUUCACCAUCGAUGACCAGUUCCUCAUUGGAGACGAGGUUCUGGUGGCACCGGUGGUGGAGAAGGGGGCAGUGAGGAGGGACAUUUAUUUACCUGACGGGGGCUUCCAGUGGCAAGACAGCCAGAACGCUCAGGUGUUCGACGGAGGGACGUUCCUGCAGGAUUACCCCGUCCCUUUGGAGGCGGUGGGUGUUUUCUUACGGCGGAGAUGAGUGUCUCCAGUCUUUUUUGUGCUGUUCUAAACUUGCACUUUUCCACAAAAGACCAUUAACCCUCAAGGCUUUGUCUUGAGGCAACGUGUAGAAAGAUAUCUUUUUACUUGCACUUUACUGUAUGAUUUCUUUCUGUUCCUCUGUGACUAUUUUUCUUCCUUUUUUAAACAAUGUUCAUCAGUUUUACCUCUUGGCUGAUUUAGGAAUAUCUGGGCUUUUUGUUGUUGGUGGUGUUCUGCGUCUUUGAAUGUAAUCUGUGCAUUUACAUACGUUUUGUUUUUUUUUUGCGUUUCUACAAGUCUUUAAAGUUAUUAGCUGCUGCUGCUGUCUCUGUUAAUAAGGACGAGCCCGUCGUUACUUAAAAUGAAUCUGAAUCUCUCAAGAAGACCAAAUGGAAAUGGAAUGACGCUGAAGGGGGCUUUAUUGAGGGAAGUUUAGCUCACAGAAAGCUUGGUACGGAGACUGACACACUUUGGGUACCUUGUUCACACAUUUAAAAAAAAAAAAAAAAAGGCUUUUACUUGAACUUAUUAGGCCGGAGGGCUGUUUUUAUGAAUGUACCUCAUCCUUAAAUUGUCACUGCUUUACAGAAUCACACCAGUAUCACCCCUUAGCACUUAUUCAACUUCGUUUUAUCAGCGUGCCACUCUGUUGACAUGUGAAUGUCCCAUGUAGUACUGUAGGCCGCGUGACGCCACUGAUAUUUUACUAUAUCGCUUACGUUUAACCUUGUUAUAAUAACCUGCUGUAGCGAGGGCUUCUUGUAGUCGUCUCCUGAUAUUGUGAUGAUUUCCUGCUCCGACUUAAAUCCUUUCUUACUGCUUACUGAUUCUCAAAAAGACCACACAUUGAAUGUCAAUGUAGCUCAUUUAACACAGAGAACUGAAACAAGGGAAAACACAGUCUUAUAAAUCGUAUAUACGUGCAAAAAAAAGAAUCAACGACUGCAACGCAAGAGCUCGAGCAAAAUAUCCUGACCUUACAUUGAUAAUAAUGCUCAUUUUGAUUGAGUUGACAUGUUUUGUGCUGUAGUUUGCAGUGGUACAGGACUACAGUAGAUCCCCCGCAAGGUACUCACCGCUUUUGAAUGUUAAUGUAAGGUGCGCCUCAGACAGACGUUUGCGUUUUACAGCACUGCGGUGCAUUCAAUGGCCGCCGAGAAAGGUGCGAAAUGUCAACGCUUGACGAAAAAGUAUUCAGAGAUUAUUGCUGACUUAUGGUGAAUGAGAUGUGUUUUCUGCAGAAAGAAAACGGCCAAAUUUAAAAAAUGAUUUUUGGACCAAAAAUCUGAUCAUUUGCUGGGGAUCCGCUGCACACUGCUUCAUUCUGGCAUGAGGUUCUCGUUUUGGCGGCCGUCAGUGUGAUGCAAACUACAAGCACAAUAAAAAAAACAUUGGAUUUCAUUAUAUUGUGCAGGUACAAAUGGCACUUGCCUACAUUAUAAUCCUUGGCCAUCGCAGGACAGUAUUGCAUUAUAAUUGCGUACUACAUAAAGGAAUGUGCAUUUUAAUUAUAAACACUGUUUUCUGUAACGCUGUCUAUCAUGCAGUCAUGUAGUUUCAUCAAGUGUGCACUGCUGUGUAUUAGAAUGUACUUUUACCGACACUGAUGUAUUGAACUACCCUUGAAAUCACAUCCGUUGAUAUUGACACCGGGACUUAAUACUCUGGCUAUGAUGUAAAUGAUUAUGAUGAUUGAGAUUCUUGUUUAUGAGCAAUUCUAUUCAAAUUAGCCUUUGCACAACGCCUUACAUUUAUUUGAUGGAUACUAUUCUCUUGGCUUUUGUUUAAAUUAUUUUUUUUUCCUUAGCUUGUCAGCGGUGAUGAUACAGACGGACUGAAUGCUUUACGUUUUCUGCAAGUAACGUUUACUAUCAACGCUCAGGUCUGCUGAGGCUUAUCCAAUCGCCACAUGUCUUAGUACAACACAAUGAUGUCUUAACCUCUCCUAAAGAUGAAUGUACAAAGGACAAACUGUGAUUUCCCCACCCGAGCCAUUCACCUGAGGAGCUUUAAUAGUUGCCACGCUAACGCAGACAUGCUGUGGUAUGUUAAGUUGCAGGAAAUGCUUCGUUAAUUGUUCUGCAGACUGAGCAGAUGAUGCCAUGUGUGCCUUAAUUUAAUCUGGACAACACAAGUGCCUGGAUUGUUGCAGUAUCAGCAAAGUACAUAUUACGAUGACUGUGCCAUUAUAAGUGUUUUUUUCUCUCUCUUCUGUAAAUCAGAGAACGACUAGAAUGACUAAUUUGCAAAUAAAGUUUACAUUUUCUUACUACCUUGAGUCUUCCAGUUGGUGGUUAUGAAACAGUAAAUGCACU